CGGAAUAAACCGAGGACAGGAGCUCACAGAGACUUUGCAACUAUCUGAGUAAAAACGAAUGAGCUUCUCCACGAACUAAAAGAAGACAGACGGGAUAAAUAAUCGGACAAGGAAGGACUGUUGUUCUCCUUUUUUAAUCUAUUUUCAGAGGAUUUUUUCAUUUUAAAGUAGUUCACUUGAGAUUUGAAGAUGAUGCUGUGUGGCAUCUUUUUGCUGUUGAUGCUUUGGAGUUGUGAGGGCGCAAGAUUAGCAGAGAGUCGGGAUGAUAACAGUGUUUAUGACUUAUUUGACCUCGCUCGGGUAAACAAGAGACACAAUGGAGUGGCUCUGGUCAAAGGCGCAGAUCCAUACAGCCCCGCAUACAGAGUCCUGAACCCAGACCUGAUCCCCCCAGUUCCCGACAGCUCCUUCAGGGACCUCAUCGACUCCAUCCAGGCUGAGAGGGGUUUCCUCCUCCUGGUCAACCUGAAGCAGUUCAAGAAAACCAGGGGCAGCAUUUUAACCAUCGAGAAGACUGACGGGUCCGGACCCAUUUUCGAGAUCGUUUCCAAUGGCAAAGCGAACACUUUGGACGUAAUCUACUCCACCAUGAACCAGCAGCAGCUCGUGUCCAUCGAAGAUGCAAAUUUGGCCACCGGACACUGGAAGAACAUCACGCUGUUCGUUCAAGACGACCGUGCGCAACUGUUUGUGGGCUGUGAAGAGAUCAAUGUAUCAGAGUUGGAUGUGCCAAUCUAUCAAGUACUGUCCCAGGAGGUGACAAACAUCGCCAAAGUCAGGAUUGGAAAGGGAGCUGUGAAAGACAGAUUUAUGGGGGUGCUUCAGAAUGUGCGCUUUGUCUUUGGGACCACUCUGGACACCGUACUGAGAAAUAAGGGGUGCAACAGUGGAGCUACCUUAACUGAUGUCAUGACCCUGGACAACCCAGUCAACGGCUCCAGCCCUGCCAUUAGGACUGAUUACACCGGCCACAAAGCCAAAGAUCUGCAGUCUGUCUGUGGCUUCUCUUGUGAGGACAUCGCAGGCAUGUUUAAGGAGCUGAAGGGACUCGGCGUGGUUGUUAAACAGUUGUCGAAUGAGCUCCGCAAAGUGUCUGAGGACAGCACAAUGCUGAAAAAUCAAAUGAAUAUCCACAGUGGAAUCUGCUUCCACAAUGGCAUUGUGCACAUGGACAAAGAUGAAUGGACUGUGGAUGGCUGCACUGAGUGCACCUGUCAGAACUCUGCUACCAUAUGCCGAAAAAUCUCCUGCCCUCUGAUCCCCUGUGCUAAUGCCACUGUGCCUGAUGGAGAGUGCUGCCCUCGCUGUGGACCACCAAGUGACGAAGCAGAGGAUGGUUGGUCCCCCUGGUCUGAAUGGACCCCUUGUUCAGUGACUUGUGGCCGGGGCAUCCAGCAGCGUGGACGCUCCUGUGACCGCAUCAACAGCAACUGUGAGGGCACCUCUGUCCAGACCCGUGACUGCUACCCCCAGGAAUGCGACAAACGCUUCAAACAGGAUGGUGGCUGGAGCCAUUGGUCUCCCUGGUCUUCAUGCUCUGUGACCUGCGGUGAAGGCGUCAUCACCCGAAUCCGCCUCUGUAAUUCCCCCACACCCCAGAUGGGUGGCAGAGACUGCCAGGGAGAAGGACGUCAAACCGAAAUCUGCCAAAAGUCUCCUUGUCCUAUCAAUGGAGGUUGGGGACCUUGGUCACCAUGGGACACCUGCACUGUUACCUGUGGUGGAGGAGUCCAGAACCGCAAACGUCUCUGUUCUGAUCCUGUCCCCAAAUAUGGAGGAAAGGAUUGUGUUGGUGAUGCCACGGUGUCUCAAGUAUGCAACAAGCAAGACUGCCCUAUUGAUGGUUGUCUCUCCAACCCAUGCUUCCCUGGCGCAAAGUGCUCCAGCUCCCCCGAUGGCUCUUUCAGAUGUGGCAGAUGUCCACCAGGCUACACCGGGAAUGGCGUCACCUGCAAAGACAUUGAUGAGUGUAAAGAAGUUCCUGAUGCUUGCCACACACACAACGGAGUUCAUCGCUGUGAGAACACUGAGCCAGGUUACAACUGCUUGCCCUGCCCGUCACGUUUCUCCGGUCCUCAGCCCUUUGGAAGAGGAGUGGAGCAGGCGACUGCCAAAAAACAGGUUUGCACACCCCGUAACCCUUGCCAGGAUGGUAGCCACAACUGCAAUAAAAAUGCAAACUGUGUCUACUUGGGCAUCUACUCCGAAUCCAUGUUCCGAUGUGAGUGCAAGCCAGGGUAUGCUGGGAAUGGCCAUAUUUGCGGAGAAGACACUGACCUGGAUGGAUGGCCCAAUACUGACCUGCUGUGUGUGGAGAAUGCUACCUACCACUGCAAAAAGGAUAACUGUCCCAACCUUCCCAACUCUGGCCAGGAAGAUCAUGACAAAGAUGGUCUGGGUGAUGAAUGUGACCAUGAUGAUGACAAUGAUGGGAUCCCCGAUGAUAGGGACAACUGUGAAAAAGUGUACAACCCUGCCCAGUAUGACGCUGACAGGGAUGAUGUUGGCGACCGCUGUGACAACUGUGUGUUCGAGGCUAACACUGACCAAACCGACACUGAUAAUAAUGGAGAGGGUGAUGCCUGUGCUGUUGACAUUGAUGGUGAUGGCAUUCUGAACGAAAACGACAAUUGCCCAUAUGUUUACAACGUGGAUCAGAGAGAUACUGACAGAGAUGGAGUGGGAGACCAUUGUGACAACUGCCCUCUGGAACACAACCCUGAUCAGAUUGACUCUGACUCAGAUCGCAUAGGAGACAAGUGCGACAACAACCAGGACAUUGACGAGGAUGGUCACCAGAACAACUUGGACAACUGCCCCUACAUCGCCAACUCCAACCAGGCAGACCACGACAAGGAUGGCAAGGGUGACGCCUGCGACCACGACGAUGACAAUGAUGGCAUUCCUGAUGACAAAGACAACUGCCGACUGGCCUUUAACCCUGAUCAACUGGACUCUGAUGGUGAUGGUCGUGGUGAUAUCUGCAAAGACGAUUUCGACCAAGACAAUGUUCUGGACAUUGAUGAUGUGUGCCCAGAGAACUUUGCCAUCAGUGAAACAGACUUCCGCAGAUUCCAGAUGGUUCCUCUGGACCCUAAGGGCACCUCCCAGAUUGACCCCAACUGGGUGGUCCGGCAUCAAGGCAAGGAGUUGGUGCAGACUGUCAACUGCGACCCUGGCAUUGCUGUUGGUUUUGACGAGUUCAGCGCAGUGGAUUUCAGUGGAACAUUCUUCAUCAACACCGACAGAGAUGAUGACUAUGCUGGCUUUGUUUUCGGCUACCAGUCCAGCUCUCGCUUCUACACAGUCAUGUGGAAACAGAUCACCCAGACCUACUGGUCCCACACACCCACAAGAGCUCAAGGCUACUCUGGCCUGUCUAUCAAGGUGGUUAACUCCACCACUGGGCCUGGUGAGCACUUGAGGAAUGCCUUGUGGCACACUGGAGAUACCGCAGGACAGGUGCGUACUCUUUGGCAUGACCCCAAGAACAUUGGCUGGAAGGAUUUCACUGCCUACAGAUGGCAUCUGACCCACAGACCCAAGACUGGGCUUAUUAGAGUGGUAAUGUAUGAGGGCAAGAGAAUAAUGGCAGAUUCUGGAAACAUCUAUGACAAGACCUAUGCUGGUGGGCGACUAGGCUUGUAUGUCUUCUCUCAGGAGAUGGUUUACUUCUCGGACCUCAAAUACGAAUGCAGAGAUACAUAAUUGGACCACAGAGCCUUCCAGAAGAAUGUAUCAGUCUGUCAGUAUGAAUAUAUAAUUUGAGACCUGGAUCAAUAUGUUUUUAACUUUUCCUUUGAGAAAUGCACAUUGGUGGAAUGAUGAGCAAAUGAGCUAACAUGAGGUAAACUGACCUCAGGACUUAAAUGAAAGUUCAGUGAUGAUUCUGCACCAAACUCAAAUUGUAAGCGCAGCUCUGCUCAGAAGAAAUUGGCCCUCUCACUUUUUUGCUCUGGUCUGCGUUGAAGGAGGGCCACAUUUAUUGCUUUGCACACCUGAACUGUUGUCGUUUGGCGGUUUUCCUCUAAGGAUGAGGAACCAAAGGGAAGAGAGUUUCACAUUCUUACUUUUUUUUUGAGCAUUAAUAUCUGCUGUGGAUUCAAAGAUACUUGUUUCAGUAUGAAGAAAGCAGUAGGAGAACUUUCUUUGGCUGGGGAAAAUAUGCCCCCUUGAAGGAACUGUUGAGGGACCAUGGGCAGUAUGGACUGACUGUUACUAUCAAAGAGAGUGAAUGUUGUUGCGUGUUUGUGCAUGUGUGCCACCCAAUAAGCAUUGUCAUGAAGACAACCAAGUCAAAUUUUGAUUUCUUUUAAUGACCCCAAAAUCUUGCAGGCCUUUAUUAUACAUGGUCUUCUAUUUCCCCACGGCUUAGGGCUGGCCCAAAACAUUAUACCAAGUCUUUUCAGGAAAGCACUAGAAGAAACGAGGAGAGCACAAUUUUCAGGACAGCACAGGGCCCCAUAGCAGGUAUGCUGUACACCUCUUUGAAAGUAAUUAUAAGCAAAUGUAAUGUUAAUAUCUCUAACCUUUACCGAACAUGUUAAGGGACGUAAACAGCAAGGGCCAGUCUAUUUCCUGUUACAAGUCACCAUUCUAAGUAUGGCUGUUAGUAUGCUUAUGUACUCAUUCAUCAUAGAGGCUUUAAUUCUCGUUCAUCUCUGUAUCUCUUCAUCAUGUUGUCAGUAACCCCUUCCAAUUAAGUGAAAUCCAAUCCUCAAAUGACAGGAUAUAGCAUUACUUUUGACCAAAACAGUUAAAAAAAGGAAGACAUAGGCAUCACUUACAGUAUCUCUAAGUAUUAUGCUUCUGCACAGUGUGCAUGACUGGUGUGCCUGAGCAUGUGUGUACAUUUCUGACAAGGGAAAAUCAAAGGAAACCCUUUAUGUACAAAUAUUACCUCAUUAAUUCUUUUUGUAUUGAGGCCAGCAAUACACAAGAAUCACUUGUCUUAGCAACAGAGUUUAAAUUGGUUGGCUUCUUCUUUUUAGUUUUUUUUGUUUUUUUUAGCAAGACUUUAUUAUCAUUUAUUUGCUGUAUAUAAGAUAUUUUUGUAGCAAGAGAAGCUCAAAAAAGGAACGUAAAGGAUGAAAGAAAUGUUGUCUUGACUAUGUUGUGCUAUAUGUAUUUCCUGUGCAUUUUUGAUAAAUUAUUAUGUUUGUUUUAUGUUGAGGUUAUUUCAUUUGUGUAGAUAUACUUUAUGCUAUUUAAAUAAUUUAUCUAGAAGCGUAGCCUCAUAUGGAAGCGUUUCUGUCUGUAUGUAUAAACUCAUUUGCACACUGACAUGAGGAUGUCUUUGUUAUUUUGGUUUUGUACGUGUCUUUUUUUAAUUAUUAGUGAAGCUUUUCUAUAAACAUUUGUACCAUAGUUUCUACCCAACGUGCUGUUUAUACUCCUACUUGUUAUUUUAUAAUGUCAAGUGAACAAUAAACACUUCAGGAA